GGCUGUGGUCUGCAGUAUCAUGUAUUCCGCUAGCAGCAGACUCCUCUUUGGCAGAUCCAAGGGGAGACUUUCCCAUGGGAGGACCAGGAGCCCAGAAGUCUGCCACUAAGGUUCGUCUGCAGAUGCUUCCCAAUGUGCAGCUGCCUCAUCCCGAGCCUUCUGCUCCCGCUCAGCCAGAACUGGAAACCAGGGUCCAGCCGGACCCCAUGCAGACUUUGCCCACAACCGAGCCAAGAGCUGUCUUCCCACAAACUGGGCCUCAGCCAUAUUUUAUCCUACAACCAGGGUCACCUCACCCCACCAUCCCACAGCAUGGACUUCAACAGGGCUUCUUGAUUCAACAGCCUGGGGGACAGCCUCUGUUCACGGUCAUCUAUCCAAGCAUGGCGGGAGUACAGCCACAAUUCCAUCCUGAGCACUUUCCACAGUAUCCCCCUUACAGAGCAAUGCUGUACCCAGCUGUGUUCCCACAACUCCCAGGACACCUGAUGCCGGUGUCCCCAGACUCCCAGCCUGGUCAGCAAGGGAACCCAGGGUCUCCACAGCAGCAGCAGGACCAGCAGCAGAGGCCACAGGUCCCCCUAUAUUUUGACAGUCAACUUUUGGUUGGGACAUCUGGUGGUCUCAGCUCUGAGGAGCUUGAACAGGCCAGAAUGGCGGCGUCUGGGGUUCAGCGUCCAGCCACCAACCCCGCAGCUCAGCCUCUCAACCCCAUCAUGCACGUCAACCCUGUCAUGCACGUCAACCCACUGAUGCCCCUCGGCCCUCUUCUGCCCAUUGGUCCAAUGCCAGGGUUGCCCCCGGUCAUGGUCAGUGAUCCAGCUCUUGUGCCGGUGGAGGUGCCUGCAGGGGGUGCCAUCCCCUCCCACGAUGCCACUCCAGCAAGCCUGGACCAGCCUCAGGCCCCUGCUGUGACGCCGACUGCAGAGUGGAUGCUCGUCACUGACCAUCAGACCGAUGAUGCAAAUGUGGACCUGGUCAUUCGUCCUGCAGAGGUGCUCACAUCAGAUCCUGUAACUGGGGCAUCCUGUAACGAGUACACCAUGGAGACAGACAUGGGGGCCUUAUCCCCUUAG